AUGUUGCUAGUUCUAGCGGGUUUUCACAUUAUAAGUUUUACUUGUGGACAGUAUCGGAGUAAAAAAGAGGUUCAAGUAUCUUAUCCACACUGCGAGAGCAUCAUCAAAGAUCCCAAUUCUAAUCUUGCAAUCAAUUUCCAAUGCCUCGUGGUAAACUAUAAUUUAUCUGCUACCCUUGAGGAUGUUAUCUUGAAAAUGGAUCAAGUUCAGCAGCAUUUGGAACGAAUUUCCCUUGAUAAUCAAAAAUUCAAGCCAUCGCCUUUUAAGAAUAUAGAUGAUAUUUUGGAGAUGCCAAUUGAUAUAUCCAAUACAGAUUGCCAAACAAAGAGACAAAUUCUGCAAGCCAUCCGUCGAAAACUGGAAUGGUAUAAUGUGAUGGAUGAAAGAUCGACCACUCUUUUUGCCUGGCCUUCGGAAUCGAGUAUAUAUAAACCCCAGAUUUCCGAGCAGUAUUCAAAAGUUGAAUUGAGGUCCGAUUACUCGAAAGUUUUGAAUGAAAUACGCUGUCUGCUGGCAAAGGCCAUUGGAAAUACAGAUUCUAAUGCUAAAUUUGAUGACGAAUUCUAAAUAUGCACUUAUGAAUGGCAUCAAAUUGAUGAUCAAGAU